UUAAAUAAAUUUAAAACAAUAACGAAAAUGAGGAUAAAAAUGCAUGAGGAAGCAAAGGAAGACAAGAGAAGAAGAGAUGGAAAAUGGGAAUGGAGAAGGAAAGGGAGAGUUCAUAAACAAAAACAGUAACGGUUUCUUCCAUGAAACCAUGUCAAUGCUUUCCUCUCUUCCUCCUCCUCCUCUUACUCCCUGGGACUCAUCAUCUCUCCCCCCUCCUCCUCCUCAAUCACUCUUCCACGCUCUCACCGUCUCUAACCAAUUCCAUCAACCACAGGUUCCAAACCAUCACCUUACAUUACAUCAUCAUACCAACGAACUCUUAGGAUGUUUAUUUAUGAUUCCUCAAAAUGACAGCUUUUUUGUGUUGUGUUUGUAAAUGCAGGAGUCUAGCGGUCCAACAACAACGGGUAGCCAAGAUGGGUUGCAGCAGGCGCAAGGGCCUGUCUCAACCACGAGCCCACCUGUGGCUCGCCAAAAGCCAAGGGUGCGAGCUAGGAGAGGCCAGGCAACCGAUCCUCACAGCAUCGCUGAGCGGGUAUCUUCAUUAAUGUUCACUUACCUCCAUCUCAUCUCUGUUAUCUUGUGUUUCUGAUUGUAUCGUUUUGUGGCAGUUGAGAAGGGAACGCAUUGCAGAGAGGAUGAAGUCUCUCCAAGAACUGGUUCCCAACACCAACAAGGUUCUUUCAUGAUCUUACAGGUGAUUAUCUGGAUUUGCAUGAUAACUGAAUUGGUUGAUAUGAUGUAAUGCAGACGGAUAAAGCAUCAAUGCUGGACGAGAUCAUCGAGUAUGUUAGAUUCCUUCAGCUUCAAGUCAAAGUACUAAGCAUGAGCAGAUUGGGAAGUGCAAGAGCAGCUGGUCCACGACUCAAUGGUCUCACAUCCGAGGUUAGUUCUUUAGUCCCUCUUCAUGGCCUUUUUAGGUAAAAGUGGCAUAUUAUCACUUAAUCAUCAUCAUUGUGGUUUUUUGGUAAAAUGUAAGGUAAGAGGACAGCUCAACGCACUCUCGGGACCAUGCAAUGUCAGUAACGGGAAUGGAAACGCAACGGGAUCAUCCAGCGAGAGCCUAAGGACAACGGAGCAGAGGGUGGCGAAACUGAUGGAAGAAGACAUGGGAUCAGCAAUGCAGUACCUUCAAGGGAAGGGGCUUUGUCUAAUGCCCAUCUCCCUCGCAACAGCAAUGUCAUCAUCAUCUAAUCACUCUCGUGGAGCUCUCUUCAGCCCCAACUCCAAUGCUGUAGCAGCACAGGAGGCAAAUGUAGCAGGUGCUGCACCUGAAGCCUCCUCCACUAUGGAUGAUGUAUCUGCCUCCAAGGCGUGAUCCAUAGGAUCUCUCAAUUGCUUCUUCAUUUUCUCCGUUUUGAGUCGAAGUGUCAAACACUAAUAUUCAUUUUCUAUCUACAAUUUUCAUUGUUAAGCAUUAAAUAAUAUAAAACAGUUAAUUUACAACAUUUAAACACACAACUAGCAUAACCGACAAGGCAGAAACCAUACAGUACAGUAGAGAGGUGGUGGGACCGAAAACUAAGAGACAUGCGUUCCACUACUUAACCCAAAAUCGCUUUGUCAACGCUGCUACCGUUUGGGUAAAUCGAAUGUAACCUGAACCAGUAUAAUAAUCUCUAUUCAAGUUGAAGCUCCCCACAUUCUACCACUUAUUAUAUUCAGGCUC